AAACCGAAGUUCCAAAAACUUCAUUACAAGAGAGAGAGAGAGAGAGAGAGAGAGAGAGAGAGAUGGUGGGGGACGGAAAAGACGACCCAACGCCGCUAGAACACACACCAACAUGGAUCGUAGCUGUCGUUUGCUCCCUUAUGGUCGUCAUAUCUCUCGCUCUCGAGCGCUUCCUUCAUUUCCUUGGAAAGUACUUGAAGAAGAAGAAUCAGAAGUCACUAUUCGAAGCCUUACAGAAAGUGAAAGAUGAGCUGAUGAUAAUGGGAUUCAUCUCGCUUCUCUUGACAGUCUUCCAAGAUCCAGUGAGCCGUAUUUGCAUCUCGAAGAGUCUGACCGUCCACAUGCUUCCUUGCAAGAAGGAAAAACAGCCAGACCUCUCGAACAGUGGGAGACACCUCCUCGCUGAAGAAUCCAAAGGGGACCACUGCACUAAGAAGGGGAUGGUUCCAUUUCUAUCAUACAAAGCACUGCAUAAGCUGCACAUCUUCAUCUUCAUUCUUGCAAUCGUCCACGUUGUUUUCUGCCUUCUCACUAUGAUUUUGGCAAGUGCAAAGAUACGUCAAUGGAAGCGUUGGGAGGAUGAGAUCGCGAAAGAGGACCAUGAUACAAACAGGCCUUUGGUUUCAAAUAUCACACAAGUGCAUCAACACGUUUUCAUCCGGCAACAUUUUUUGGGCACUGGAAAAUAUUCCGCCAUACUAAGUUGGAUGCAUUGUUUUAUCAAGCAAUUCUAUGCAUCUGUGAACAAAACAGACUACAUCACACUACGACUUGGUUUCAUCAUGAUGCAUUGCAGGGGAAACCCGAAAUUCAAUUUCCACAAGUACAUGAUACGAGCCCUUGAAGCCGAUUUCAAGAAAGUCGUUGGAAUAAGUUCCUUCCUUUGGAUCUUUGUGGUCAUUUUCUUGUUGCUGAAUAUUGAUGGUUGGCAUACAUAUUUCUGGAUAGCAUUCAUUCCUUUAAUACUUCUACUUGCUGUGGGCACAAAGAUGGAACAUGUUAUGACUCAGUUAGCAAAUGAGGUUGCAGAGAAACAUAUAGCGGUGGAAGGGGAAUUGGUAGUUCGGCCUUCGGACGAAAAUUUUUGGUUCAACCGCCCCAAGAUAGUCCUCAGCUUGAUCCAUUUCAUUCUCUUCCAAAAUGCAUUCGAGAUCGCAUUCUUCUUCUGGAUAUUGACUAAAUUCGGCUUUAACUCAUGCAUCAUGCCACAAAAACCCUAUAUCGUCGCCAGACUUGUAAUUGGGGUGAUUAUUCCGUUACUUUGCAGCUACAGUACCUUACCGCUUUAUGCCAUUGUCACCCAGAUGGGGAGUUCAUUCAAGAAGGUGAUAUUCGAUGAGCACGUGCAGGAGGGCCUAGUUGGGUGGGUAGAGAAGGUGAAGAAGAAGGAGGCAAUGAAAGCAGUCAAUGCCCACGACAGUAAUAUCCAUGUGAGAUCAGCCGAUGGUUCUUCAGUAAUUCAGCUGCAGAUGAUGGGCGAGAGAGAGAGGGGGACUUUUCGUCGAUCGACUGCUUUGAAUGGGCAUGACCCAUGAACCUGCAAGCAGUGUUGUGCCCUUGCAACAUAAUACAAAUCAGCAUGCAUUGCAAAGCUGCUUGUAUGUGUAUGGUAUAUAAGUGCAUUUACAAACUUGUGGUUGUGUCUUAUACAGCAUAUACGUACUUUGAUAUUCAUAGACAAGGAAGGCUAUCCUUCCCAUACAGAUUAUAGGAAUAUUGUAGACAGUGAAGUGUCGACAAUUCAGUGAAAAUGCUAUUUCAACA